AGGAGAUAGGCGGAGUCGGGGAAAGUGCAUGGCAGCCAGCGAGGAGAGCGCCAUUUGACCUGCUUAGAGGACCCUGGAAUCUUCUCAAGGAUCUCUAUAAUUUCAUACCACAAGAUGGAGAAGCAGCCCCUGCCAACAGAUGACUACAAUACCGGAACCAGACAGUCUGAGAUGGAGGGCUACGCUGGCGAGGACACCCAGCAGGGCUCAUCUGAGCCUGUCGCUCGAGCAGGAUGGAACAGUAAAAUAGAGUAUUUUUUGGCUCAGGUGGGAUUCAGUGUUGGGCUCGGCAACGUCUGGAGGUUUCCAUAUUUGUGCCAUCAAAAUGGAGGCGGAUCUUUUAUCCUCCUGUAUGUGCUGCUGAUGCUGGUUGUGGGCAUUCCCUUGUUCUUCCUGGAACUGGCAGCUGGUCAGGCCAUCCGACAGGGCAGCAUCGGUGUGUGGAAGUACAUCUCCCCCCGGCUGGCAGGGAUCGGCUACUCCAGCUGUGUGGUGUGUUUCUUUGUGGCCCUCUACUACAAUGUGAUCCUUGCGUGGAGUAUUUUCUAUCUUGGGAACUCGUUCCAGUUCCCUUUACCUUGGGAACAGUGUCCAAAACAGGGGAAUCUAACAGUAAAAGAAUGCGACAAGAGCACCCCCACAUCGUAUUUCUGGUACCGCAAAGCUUUGGAUAUCACAGACUCAAUUGAUGAGGUGGGCUCUUUCAACCCUUACAUCAUCUGCUGUCUGCUGGCGGCCUGGACCAUCGUGUGCCUGGGAAUGUUCAAGGGUAUCAAGUCCUCUGUCAAGGUGAUGUAUUUCUCCUCCAUCUUCCCCUAUGUUGUGCUGUUUUGCUUCCUCGUCCGAGGGCUCCUGUUGGAUGGGGCCUUGGAUGGAAUUGCCUACAUGUUCUACCCCAAGCUGGAAAUUUGGGCAGACGUCCAGGUGUGGCGGCAGGCAGCCACUCAGGUCUUCUUUGCUUUAGGCCUUGGCUUCGGGUCCAUUAUCGCCUACUCCUCCUACAAUCCCAAGAACAACAACUGCCAUCGUGAUGCCUUCACUGUCUCCAGCAUUAACUUCCUCACAUCUGUGCUUGCCUCUCUGGUGGUGUUUUCUGUGCUCGGCUUCCGAGCCAAAAAGAAAGCCCUGGAAUGUGUGGCCAGUAAUAUGAAGGAGUUAUCAGAUCAGUUUCUCAGUAAUAAUGUGGACACAAACCUGAUGCCAAGCUUCAACUAUUCUGAUCCCAGUUCUGUGGCACUAGAGGUCUACAGGGACUGGUUUAAUCAGUAUGGAAGUAAGGUGCCUGGCAAUUUAACAGACUGUGACCUGGAAAAAGAGAUGCAGCAGGGAGUGGAGGGCACGGGCCUGGCUUUUAUUGCCUUCACAGAGGCCAUGUCACUCCUGCCUGGCAGCCCCUUCUGGUCAGCGCUCUUCUUCCUCAUGCUGCUCAACUUGGGGCUCAGCACAAUGUUUGGCACCAUGGAAGGCAUCCUCGCCCCACUCACUGACCGCUUCAAAACUCUGGCCAACAACAAGACCAAAUUCACAAUUUUCAGCUGUAUCGUGGGCUUUCUAAUUGGCCUGCUCUUCAGCCAGCGUUGUGGGAACUACUUUGUGAUGAUGUUCGAUGAUUACUCCGCCACUCUGCCCCUGAUCAUUGUGGUGGUUUUUGAGACCUUCAGUGUGUCUUGGCUAUAUGGAGCUGAUAGGUUCCUUGAUGACAUUGAGGCAAUGCUGGGCUGGCGUCCCCAUGUGAUCUACAAGUACCUUUGGAAAUACAUAUGCCUGCUUGCUAUGCUGGGGCUGCUGGGUGCCACCACCAUUCGCAUGUUCAUCAAACGCCCCACUUAUUUGGCAUGGAACCGAGAGACGGCUUCCGAGGAGUACCUGGAGUACCCAGGUUGGGCUCUGGCUGUUAUGGCUUUACUGAUCAUUUUCGCUAUGAUGCCUGUCCCAGUGGGCUUGAUCCAUGCUGUUCUGCAGGACAGGACCAAGCAAACAGCCAGAGGUACAGAGACUGCUGGUCAGUACCGCAUUGUUAGCACUGAUGACAACUGUGAAACUCCUAUGACUGAACUGAGUCAAAGAAACGGUACCGCGGCUUCCUUUUCCUAAACCUGGGCAUGAUGAUGAUGAUGCACAGUGGAAACGCAAUACAAAUUUCAGUGAAGGACAAUUGAAUCACACAGAUUUUGGUGGGAAAGUGGGACAAAUGUUAUUUUAAUAUUUAAAAGCUUUCCACUUUUUUAAAUUAUUUGUAUUUUUAUUUAAAUUAAGUCCAACAUAUCCAAACGAGGGCAACUUUUAUAAAAAAUAUGGAAUAAACAACUUAUUGCUGUUGGUAGAAUUUCCAAUAACUGUUCAUUGUUAGAGUUGUCCAAAUGAGCUUAGUUUUCAUUACAAGCCAUAGACAUGUCAUUUCUUAGUUUUGUACGCAGAGUUUACUUGUCCAUCUAUCCAACUUUUUAUCAAAUUAUUUUCCAGACAAGUGAAUGAAUGAAUUGUUAUGAAAAAUGAUUUGUCACCGUAUCUGUGUGUAAGGCAGCAAUAGGUGCAGUACACUGUUCUAGUGCACAGAUGGUGUCUAGUCAGAUGCUGCACUGUGCUCUCGCUGGAUGUUACUUCUUAUUGUAAGUCGCUUUGGAUAAAAUGACAUGUAUUGUAAUGUAAUGUAACUUCAGUGUUGGACAAACCAGGACGGCCAGUGGAUGAAGGGGAGAUACUGUUAAAGGAAAUGGAUCUGCUCUAUUUUGCUACGUCGAUGUAUUUUCCUCAAAGCUAAUCAACUACAGUAGUUUGUGAGACUGUUGGAUCAGGCAAGAGUAAAUUCAGCUAACGGAGAUUAACUUCAGAUAUCGGGUAGAGUAUUAGUGCUAUUCACUACAUGGAAGUCCUCUCGCAAUGUGUACAGCUAAAAACUGUUUUGGUUCUACAGUGUGAUAUUGUUGGUGUGCUUUAUGUCUGCAGGAGCAUACUGCAAUUCAUACAACAAUUCAUACUACACAUGUACGUAUGUUAACAUCCUCCAUUCAAACCAACCUUAAAUCCAACUGCUGCAGUCGUUUGUUAAUAAUUUUUUUUUAUAGCUUUCUGGUUAUUAUUUCAACAUGACUUUCUUUUUGUUACGUUGGUAAACAUAUCAAAUCAGACUGAACAUGAAAGUUUACUUCCUCUUGUCGGUACACGGGCUGUUGGCAGCUUGCUGCCGUUUGUCAUAGUACAAAUAUUAAAGUUAACUCCUAUUUUUAAUGUAAAUAUGUAUAAAGUACUUGUAGAAGCUCUUUAAGAACAAAUGUAAUUGGAAAUACGUCUUUUAAUAUUUGUAAAUUUGUAUGAUACAUGUUUCUUUUCUUUUAAGAUUUAAGAGGAAACUAGCUGCGUGUUUGAGUUAAACCGGCUCAACGAAGCCACGGACCAGACAAGUACUCCUUUACUUCAGAGGGAAGUUUAGUGUAAGAUAGAAUGUGUUGUGUUCAUUUUGUGAAAUGUUGUGUUUUGUUAGACUUAAAUGCUCGGUCAUCUUUGUCUUUUCAAGGUCAUCUUUGUCUUUUCAAGAUCAUCUUUGUCAUCUUUGUCUUUUCAAGGUCAUCUUUGUCUUUUCAAGGUCAUCUUUGUCAUCUUUGUCUUUUCAAGGUCAUCUUUGUCUUUUUACGGUCAUCUUUCGGAAAACCAAGGUGUCGUUUAUUUUACAUUUUCAGUGGGCUAGUAUCAAAAUGAAUUGACCUCACGUUGUUCUGUAUAUAUGUGCCUUCAGAUUUAGUCAGGCAGACUAGAGCGACUUUUUAAUUGUUUAUGUGCUCUAUAAUUCUGCAUAAAAUGAAUUUGUGAGAUAAUGUAAUAUAUUUUGGACAUUUCAAUAAAGCAUUUCUUUCAGCAUGA